AUGUCGGUGGCACAGGUGGCACCUCUCGCUCCGGCGCCGUUUUCACGGCCUGCUCCACGCUUGUGGCAGGAGGUCGAUGUCAAUGCGAAAUUCGGCGUCCGCCGAUUUCGUGGACUUCGGCGCGUGGAGGCCCAGUCGACCGCACAGACCGGCACUGCGGAGCUGAUCCUGGUGGAGGAGUUUGUCCGCUCGCUCACGAGCUGUGGCACCACAGUGGAGUUCAAGGGAGAGUUGGUGGGGCCGGAGGACCCUGGGGUGGUGGUUGGACCAGGAGGCGUUCGAUACCUCCUGGGCCAGGCGGGUGCACCAGAGCCCGACGAGCCCGCAAAGGCCUCGGAGAGCAACAUGUGGCAGGCGGCAGCUGCUGCAGCCGUCGCUGCAGUAGCAGCCUUCCUGGUCUUGCCAGGUCUGCAAUCAACGGCCUCAUUGAUGACUUCAUCGGGCAUUCCAGUCACGCGGACCAACAUCACCAUUGUUGAGACUACGAAGGUGAUGCCCGAUGGCUCGAAGGUGAAGGUGAAGGACCAAACCACCAGGAGGGAGCGGAGCGCCCCUGGCAAGGCCCCGGUGGUCACGGAGCGCACCAUCCGAACCGAGAAG